CAAAGUUCAGAGACUUGAUUCGCCAUGACUAGACUUCACGCCUUUUAAGGGCUUAUUUUUCAUGACUUACCGGAAUAUCUCUGCCCAGAAUGCACCAAUUUUUCAAGAGUGACUUCUUCAAUUUUGAGACCAUCCGCAUCCUCGGCACUGUCAGAUCUGGCGGAGCCGAGGUAGCAGAAUGCCUCGAAGCACUCGGCCAGAUCAAAGACAAUGAUCCGGUGAGUUGGCAAGAGGCAUGGCAUUACCAGGCCCAGAAAGCUGAAGAAGUUGCUGAAGAAGCACAACGUCAUGACCAUCGAGAUGCUGCCAAAAUGGCACUCUUGCGAGCUGCAAACUAUCACCGCGCAAGCGCCUACAUGAUGACAGGGAACAGAACGGGAACUUCUGAUCCCAGGGUCGUGCCAGUUCUGGAAAAGGUCGUGAGCCUCUUCCAUCGCGCUGUGCGUCUUAUGGAUGGCCAAGUGCACACACUCGAUAUUUCCUACCAAGACGGCAUUUCACUGCCAGCCUAUCUAUUCCUACCCCCGGCACCGAGACGAGUGGCUGGCAAGAUCCCGAUCAUCAUCAACUUCGUGGGAGCAGACUCCAUGAGCGAGGAGAUUUACCACAUGUUUCCAGCCGAAGGACCAGGACUUGGUUACGCUCUUGUCACCUUGGAAGGACCAGGCCAGGGACUCACGCUGCAUAAGCAUAACAUUCCAAUGCGACCGGAUUGGGAAGUAGUCAAUGGGUUGGUGCUCGAUCAUCUACAGAAAUAUGCAACAUCACACCCAGAAAUGGAGCUGGAUCUCGAGCGAAUCGCUGUCGCAGGCGCGUCUCUUGGCGGCUAUUUUGCGCUUCGGGCUGCGGCCGACCCUCGUGUCAAGGCGUGCGCGGCGGUAGAUCCCAUUCAUGACCUGUACGAUUUCGCCACCAAGCACGUCUCGCCAAUAUUUCUUGGACUCUGGGACUCGGGCUGGGUGACGGAUCGAUUUGUGGACAAUAUGAUCUGGCUAGGGACCAAGACCAUGUUCCAGAUGCAGUGGGACAUCGCAACAUCGUCCCGUUUUCUAGGGGCGUCAUCGCCAAGCGAAAUCCUGCGGUUUAUGAAGCGGUACACACUCAAGAAGAGAGGCGAGGCGUAUCUCGACCAGGUGCACUGCCCAGUGUUCGUCUCAGGAGCCACGAAUUCAAUGUAUGCCCUGGACGCACAUGCGACCGCUAUAAUCAAGGACCUGAAUACCAAAGAGAAGGAGACUUGGUUACCAAUGAACCCAGGCGGCGGGAGCUUGCAGGCAAAAGUGGGGGCCAUGGCAUUGUGCAACCAACGGGUUUUCCAAUUCUUGGACAAGACAUUCAAUAUUGACAGGUCUGCUAUCUGAGGUACUCCACUCUGCUGAAAAUGCGAAUGGGAUCCAAACUAAGACAGUGCUUCCGUGUUCUUAAGUUGGAUAGUAGGGGCGAUAAAUAAGGGCUAUGUAUAACUAGGUUGGGAAUCUAAGCUAAUUUAUAUGAAGGCUAUAGAUAUAUUAUAAUUUUCAAUUAACUAUAUAAUUACUAA